CAUCGCGAGACCCACACACACUCUCACUCAUAGCAUCAUCACUGCUCUGCUGCACCACAGAGAGAGGCACACUGAGCAUUCACCCUCUUUCUCUCUCUCUCUCUCUCUGCUCCUUCCUCUACUGCGCACUCUCUCUCUGUUCACCUUGGCUGCUGGGUGGUGUGGAGUUAUUGUUGCGUCAGAACCAGAGAGAUCCAGAGACAGCCAUGCCGGGGGAGAGCUCUCACAGAUCUGUCCCCAAAGAAAGACAUCCGGAGCUCGGAGCAGAGCAGACAGGCUUGCCUGAACCAGACAUGACCAGACAUGCCUCCACUGAUUCCACUCCUAGUGACAGUGGCUCCACCCCAAGUGACAGCGGCUCUAGUCCCUCCCCCAGCACCCCUCAGAAGCUGCUCCCAUCAUGCACCUCUCCUUUUGGGCCGCGGCUGGUCCGGGCCACGCCCAGCUCGUCCGCGACCCCGCGACCCCAGCCUGAAGGUUCCGACCGUCGCCACAUUAACACGAUCCGGCUUAGCGGGACGUUUGGAGGUCAUGGACCUUGUGGACGUCGCAGCGGACCCGUGAAGAUGGAGAGAAUCAAGGUCCUGAUGGGCUCAGAGGUGGAGAGCGACUACAAGGAGCCAGAGAACAUGGACACACGGGUGGUGAUGGGCCAGGAGGCCCUGCUCAAGACCAAGAAGACCCUGACAGGGAAGUGCCCUUGCAGGCAGAGCAGCCAGGCGAUACCCCUGCCCGGAGGCCCAGUCUUGGAGGUCCCUAACCCUCCCUCAGAACCACAGGCAGAGGCUGGGGAAAAGGCCCAACUGGACACAGGGCAGGAGAGAGACAAUUCACCUCUGACCCCAAAGAUGGAGCAAGAGCAGGAGAGAAUCCCUGUCCUGCCCAUUAGCCCUCUUCUCACCCCUCUCCUAACCCCCCUCAUCCCUGCCUCCCCUCCCUCCUCAGAGCCAGUCACAGUUGAUGUUAGUUUGACGGGCAGCUCAAGCCCUUUGGAGGCAGGGCUGUCUCCCUAUGGUGAAAUGCCUUUUGUAUGUGCCAUGUAUGCCAUGCCCUCCCUGUCCGAGCCAGCCUAUCCCCCUGCUAUCCUGUCCUUCACUGAGCCGGCCUAUGCCGUGGACCCUCUGAGAGUGGGCGUUCCCUCAUCCCUGGAUCCUGACCUGUACUACACCGCCCCUUCCACCCCCAUCAAGAUGGCUGCUCACCCCUCACACCUCAAACAUCGCUCUUACCCUGGCUCUCCAGCCUCUCCCCUCUCACAAAACUCCCCCUCGGACAGCGAGGACCUGUGCUCCCCCCUCACCUCCCCCUCUGGCUCCUACGUCACAGCGGAGGGGGGCAGCUGGACCUCUUCCACCUCCCCCUGCACCUCCCCCAAUCUGCUCCUGGCAGAGGAGGUGCAGGAGGCACCUGCAUGCUUUGUCAGCUCGCUGUCCGAAAUCGGAGAUGAGGUGGGAGAGGAUAGGGGAGCAGUAGGGGAGAGGGCAGAGAAGGGAGGAGGAGCAGCAGAGUGGCGGUUCUGCCUCUAUAAGGGUCUAGCAGAGACUGUGAUCCUGGAGGAGGAGGAGGUGCUGAGAGGGGAGGUGAGGGGGAGGGGGAGUGAGGAAGCGACAGUCUCAAGAGGUAGCUGUCGCCCCCGCUGGGUGACAGAGGACACUUCCCCAUUGAGGAGCAGCAGCGGCAGAAGCACUGACUCCCAGGAAGAGGGAGGGGAGUCGGAGGGCUCGCUCUGCCCAGCAGAGGAUGCUCUAGCUGGGGGACAGCAGUACUCUAGUCCCCUGCUGCAAAGAGGCCUGGAGCUGGAGCUGCAGGCCUGUGUGGCUGAGGAACUUUACCCUCCCAUUGCCAACCCAGAGGAUGAAACAGACUCCCCACGGUUGACCUCCAUGUCCUUCCCCUUCGCCCCAGUCAUGGGGAACCUAACCCAUCACACCUCCAGUGUCAACCCUGCCUCCCCCAAACUUCCCCUGGACACCUGCUCUCCAGAUGUGUCAGACGGGGAUAACUCCAGUCCAUACGGAGAGAUGGGUACCUUCCUUCUGUUUCCAGGCUCCUACAGUGAUGAUGGAGAGAUGGAGGAGGAGGAGGAGGAGGAGGAGGAGAGGAUGAUCCCAGCCUCUCUGCUUAACUUUCCCCUCCACACCAGCCUCCUCUUUCAGGCAGACUCCAUGGAGAUCACUCUCUUCCCCACAGAGGAGGGGAAUGAGGGAGGAGAGGGAAACGACAGGAACGAAGGGAACGAUGUGGAUGCAUACGCGGCCGGAGAGGAGGAGGGGGACGUGGAGGAUGAUGAUGAAGAUGAUGAUGAGGAAGAAGAAGUGGAGGCUAAGGUAGAGAUAGAGGAGGCUAAGGUAGAAAUAGCGAUAGAGGAAGAGGUUGAUGAAGACGAGGGUGAGGAUGUUGAGGAAGAGGAGGAGGAGGGUGAGGGUAAGGCUGUAAAUGACCCAGCUGAAGAGGACAACUCGGCCUCCUUCCUUCAUUCACUGUCGGAGACUUCCAUCAACGAAGGUCUGGAUGAGUCCUUCUGUUUCCAUGAUGACACUGACGACUCACUAGACUCCGCCUCUUAUAAUGGCGAAGAGGAUGAGCGGCUGUACAGCACAGAGAGACAUGCUGAACCACCCACAGGACCACCCACAGAACCACACCAAGCCAAACCUCAGCCUGAAACUAGACCAGAGGCCCACAGCACUGAACUGUCUCAGUCCCAGAGCAGACCUAGCCUAAUCAAUCCCCAAGGAGACAAAGAGCCCCGGCCUGAACCACCACAACCACAACCCGCACUUGAACCUGCCCAACUUGCGGAAUCAGCCCACCCCAAGUCCUCGAACAGCGGCAGUGGGAGUGAAAUGGAGACCUCCUCAGAGUUCUCUGACCCUCCUGUCCCCUCUCCUUCUCAGGAGAGCCCUUCUGUCUCUACCCUUACCCCUAAACCUUCUACAACCCCUUACCCUGCCUCGAUUACCCCAAAGACUACCCCUGGUACCGUGUCAACCCCUAAAACCAAGCCUGCAUCUCUCUCUAACCCCAACACUAACUUUGCUCCUGCCCCUAAUGCUAAAUCUGCUACUGUCUGUACCACUAACACUAACCCUGCUACAGCCUCAAACCCACAAAAUAACUCUGCUACUGCCUCCACCCCCAAAACUAACCCUGCUACUGUUUGUACACUUGAAAUGAACCCUGCUACGGUCUCUACCCCUAACACUAACAGUGCUCUUGCCCCUAACACUAAAUCUCCUAUGGCGUGUACCACUAACACCAACCCUGCUACAGCCUCAACCCCCAAAACUACCCCAGGUACAUGCUCUACCCCAAACCCUACUGUUACUCCUAACACUAACCCUGCUGCUACAAUCGAGGAGACAGCGUCCCACAGCAAUCCUGUCACCCUGGCAACCCUGCCAUCCCAUAACAGCCCUGUGACCCUGGCAACAGAAGCAGGGCAAGCCAAAGCAGCUGCAGAGGAAGUACAGGCUGGUACGGUGAGAGAGGAGGACAAAAGGAGCGGUGAAAAGAGAGAGAAAGACAAACAGAGCAGUGGGGAGAGAGGAAAGGACAAACAGAGCAGUGGGGAGAGAGGAAAGGACAAACAGGGCAGUGGGGAGAGAGGAAAGGACAAACAGAGCAGUGGGGAGAGAGGAAAGGACAAACAGAGCAGUGGGGAGAGAGGAAAGGACAAACAGAGCAGUGGGGAGAGAGGAAAGGACAAACAGAGGGGUGCGGAGAGAGAGAAGGAUGAACAGAGUACAGAGACUUCCGACGAGGAUCACACAGAGCAGACAGACAGAGACUCAUUCAAACUACUCAUUAAGCCACACCCCUCUAAGUCAGACACACCCCGGCCUAAACAGAAGACCUCUGAGCCCCGUAAGCCACUCCCACGUGUGUUUGGGGUGGCAGCGGCUUCAAUCCGGUCCAAACCGCUUCUGGUGUCAGUGAUGGAACUGGACCAGAAGAAUGAGAACAGCAGCGCUGAAGGUGUGGACUCCCAUCAGGUCCUUGAAGGAACCACUGCCACCAAUGAUCUAAACAAGGGGGUCCCUCUGCUCUCGUACCCGAAAGAGCCUAACCCCAGCAACAUCCCUGUCUCCUCCUGCCCUGAGAGCUCACCUGACCUGGCUAACAACCUGUCCCUGACCCCUGACAUCUGCCCAUGUGACCCCGCCCAGGAGAACCUGAGGGAGAACACCCUGAGCACUGAGGACGGGGGCCCUGUGGCCCUGGGCUCCCCUCACACACCUCUGGCUGUCUCUCCCAAGAGGGAGAACUCAGAGACAGACGCCGGAGGGAGGAGGGGGGUUGGGGGCUGGGGGGCAGGGGAGGCCCAAUCUCUCUCUCUGGGACAGGGCUGUGGGUUGGAGGCACAGAGCGUGUUACUGUGUGAGAUGGAGGGGCAUGCUGUUGGACAGACAAUUGGACAGACGAUUGGACAGACACUCUCCGGGCUGCCCAAUGUCGGCACAGACGAGGAUGAGGUGGAUGAUAUAAUGGGGGACGAAGAAGACAACAACAGCCUGUGUGGUCGGCCAGACAAGAUGGCAGAUGUUGAGCUUGUGGGAGAGGGAGUGCCAGAGUCCAACCUGUCCAGCUGGAGGUCCAUCGAGGAGAUAUCAGAGGCAGGGGGAGGAGAGGACGGAAGCUCCCAAUUCCCAGAGGAUGAUGUCAGCAACCUGCAGAGUCGCCCAGAAAACAAGGAGCAGGAAAACAACAACAAUGACUCAGUGUUCCUAUCCUCUGGAAUGCCAACCUGUGUGACUCUGAAUGCCCUGUCAGAGGAGGUGAGACACCAGAGCCAGAGUGUGAGUCUGAGGGCAUCCCUCUCAAACAUACCAAUCACAGAGGUGAGACCACAGGCUGCUGCAGCCUCCGAUAGGCAAACAACAUCAACGGACAGCUCAACACACCAAUCAGACAUAAGACAGGCUUCCUCGUCCAUGGAAAGCCCUGGGCGUGUCUCACCACUAGGGGGUAAACCACAGACCGUUUCAGACCAGAGCUCUGGUUCAGUAGAGGCAGCCAUUUCCAGACCCAACAGUAACACAGAUAUUAACCCAGCAGUCAAACAGGCAGACCUUGCUAUAUCUCUGCUGGGUGGGGCAUUUGGAUCCUUCAGUCAUAAAAUCAGACCAAGCAACUCCAAGUCAGGCAGACUGGCCCAAGAAACUUCCCCGUCAAUGAGCAAAGACACAGUAGAGAAUGUCCAAGUCUCCCAAGAAACGUCUCUCUCAGUGGGCAAAGACACAGUAGAGAAGGUCAAAGUUUCCCAAGAAACUUCCCCAUCAGUGAGCAAAGUCACAGUAGAGAAGGUCCAAGUCUCCCAAGAAUUGUCCCUAUCAGUGGGCAAAGACACAGUAGAGAAGGUCCAAGUCUCCCAAGAAUUGUCCCCAUCAGUGGGCAAAGACACAGUAGAGAAGGUCCAAGUCUCCCAAGAAUUGUCCCUAUCAGUGGGCAAAGACACAGUAGAGAAGGUCCAAGUCUCCCAAGAAUUGUCCCCAUCAGUGGGCAAAGACACAGUAGAGAUGGUCCAAGUUUCCCAAGAAUUUCCCCCAUCAGUGGGCAAAGACACGGUAAAGAAUGUCCACGUUUCCCAAGAAUUCUUCCUAUCAUUGGGCAAAGACACAGUAGAGAAGGUCCAAGUUUUUCACGAAACUUCCCCAUCAAUGAGUAAAGACACAGAAGAGAAGUUUCAAGUUUCCCAAGAAAUUUCCCCAUCAAUGAGCAAAGACACAGUAGAGAAAGUACAAUUUUCCCAAGAAUGUUCCCCAUUAGUGAGAAAAAACAUAGUAGAGAAUGUCCAAGUCUCCCAAGAAACUUCCCUAUGGGUGGGCAAAAACACGGUAGAGAAGGUUCAAGUUUCCCAAGAAAUUUCCCCAUCAAUGAGCAAAGACACAGUAGAGAAAGUACAAUUUUCCCAAGAAUGUUCCCCAUCAGUGAGCAAAAACACAGUAGAGAAAGUCCAAGUUUCCCAAGAAACUUCUCCGUCAGUGAGCAAAGAUACAAUAGAGAAGGUCCAAGUUUCCCAAGAAACCUCCCCAUCAGUGAGCAAAGACACAGUAGAGAAGGUCCAAGUAUUCCAAGAACCAUCCCUAUCAGUAGGCAAAGACACGGUAGAGAAGGUCGAAGUUUCCCAAGAAAUUUCCCCAUCAAUGAGCAAAGAGAUAGUAGAGAAAGUACAAUUUUCACAAGAAUGUUCCCCAUCAGUGAGCAAAAACACAGUAGAGAAAGUCCAAGUCUCCCAAGAAACUUCCCCAUCAGUGGGCAAAGACACAGUAGAGAAGGUCGACAUUUCCCAAGAAACCUCCCCAUCAGUGAGCAAAGACACAGUGGAGAAGGUCCAAGUAUUCAAAGAACCAUCCCUAUCAGUAGGCAAAGACACAGUAGAGAAGGGCCAAGUAUCCCAAGAACCGGCCCUAUCAGUUGGUAAAGACACAGUAGAGAAGGUCCAAGUUUUCCAAGAAACUUUCCAAUCAAUGAGCAAAGACACAGUAGAGAAGGUACAAGUAUUCCAAGAAUCAGACCUAUUAGGGGGCAAAGACACAAUUGAAGAGGUCCAAGUUUUCAAAGAAACUUCCCCAUCAGUGGGCAACGACACAGUAGAGAAGGUCAAAGUUUCCCAAGAAACUUCCCCAUCAGUGAGUAAAGACACAGUAGAGAAGGUCCAAGUCUCCAAAGAAUCUUCCCUAUCAGUGGGCAAAAAUACAGUAGAGAAGGUACAAGUUUCCCAAGAAACUUCCCCAUCAGUGAGCAAAGACACAGUGGAGAAGGUCCAAGUUGUCCAAGAAUCUUCCCUAUCCCUAUCAGUGGGCAAGGACACGGUAGAAAGUGUGAAAAAACUCUGUUCCCAGCCUCAGCCAGAGGAGACAGAGCCACAGACGAUUAGCCAAAGAGAGGGUGGUGGCGGUCAGACGACUGAUAGGCACAUUGACCAACCAAAGAUGAGCGUGGCCUUAGAAGGGCAGGAGAGCAGUGUUUGUAUCUCAGGGGAAAGUGAGGUGGAGGAGAGAGCAGAGGAGAGAUUCUCUCCAACAGAAAGUAUUCCAGAACCUGCACAGCGUCAGACACCUGAGGGAGAGCUGAGCACAGAGAAAGCCAUCACUCCUCCUCAGCCAGAGAGGAGAGGGAAGCAGAGAAAGCAGAGCAGAGACAGACCCAGUCAGCUGCGCAGACAAUCUACAUCAGGCCCUGGGUCUACUGAUCAACCACAGAAACCGGCUCUCGCUACCAAGACCCUAGCAGACACCUCCCCACCAGGGAAACAAAAGAAUACGAACACGAGGGGACAAAAAUCUGUUGCAGAUACCAGACAGAGGAAACCUGUGAAGGGCAAACCUGAAGCAGAGUCCGGGAGGAGAGGGGAAAACAGAAACGUCUCCGUUGCCCCGACUCCCCCUAGUCCUACCAACCUCUGCCCUAUAGCUCCCACUCUCCUAGUCAACCAGGAAGUGAACACGGAAGUGCACCAGAUAAUGCUUGAUAACAGGCCGCUGCCUGGCUGCCAGACAGAAAGCAGGAAGGAUAUCAACGAUAACAAUGUGGGGAGUGGCCAUGCCUCACCUACAGAACAGAAUAGGUCCUCUUCUCCUCCACCUCUUCCCUCCUCCUCUCCUCCUCACCUCUCAUUCUCUCCUCUUUCCUCAUCUCCCCCACCUCUUCCCUCCUCCUCUCCUCCUCCUCUCUCCCCCUCUACUCUCUCGUCCUCUCCUCCCCCCAGUUCCUUCACAAUGCCGCCAGAUGAGGACCUCCCCACACCCAUACAGGAGUCCCAGCCUCUCGUCACCCCACUCCUAGACAACCAGCCUCAAUCAAUCAAUGUUCAGGCAGCCUCUGCAACCCUUUCUACUACCCCUAAGCACCCCCCUAUACUCACCGAAAGUGUCCCUAUGUCCCCUAACCCCUCCUCAUUUCCAUCUCCACCCACGUCAGCUUUGGCCUCAACCCCCAGCUUUACCCAGCCCACCCAGGAGUCUCUGCCACGGCUGGAGGCUCCAACCACAAUGCCUGUCCUAGGCAUCCACAGGCAGGUCCAACCCCAACCAAACCUCCUCACCAAGCCCAACAGACAGGUCAAGACAGGUCAGUCACAAAGCCCACAGGACAGAGAUGGGAUGGAUACAGACAGUGAUGAUGAUGCCACUGCUGUUCCUCUACGACAUCACAUGACUCAGACCAGGGGGAUUGUGGGAAACCCUUCUCAUAAAGAGUCUGGCUCCUCCAAUCAGCGAGAGAUACUGCUUCACUCCUCCUGCCAAACAACUGAGAGACAGACAGACUGUCCAAUCAGCCACAAGGAUUCACAGGAGCUGGACCUGUCCUUCAAACACAACUUGGGCUCCUGCAAUGAGUCGGAGAGUGACGGAUCAGUGCCAGAGUUGGAAGAACCAGAGGGGGUGCCACUGAGAUCCUCAGAGCCCCAGCCCAUCUCUCCUGCUGAUGAGGGGAUUAACAGACCUAAGCAGAGCCGCAGUGAGAAGAAGGCCCGCAAGGCCAUGGGUAAGCUGGGCUUGCGGCCGGUCCACGGUGUGACCAGGAUCACUAUAAGGAAGUCGAAGAGCAUCUUGUUUGUCAUCAGCAGACCUGACGUCUUCAAGAGCCCUGCGUCAGACAUCUACAUCGUCUUUGGAGAGGCCAAGAUAGAGGACCUGUCUCAACAGGUGCACAAGGCAGCGGCAGAGAAGUUUAAGGUCCCGGUGGAGGCCUCCCCCCUGGCGCCCCCUGCACCACCCAGCCUCACCAUCAAGGAGGAGAGCGAGGAGGAGGAGGUGGACGAGGGAGGUUUGGAGCAGAGGGAUAUAGAGCUGGUGAUGGCCCAGGCUAACGUGUCCCGUUCUAAAGCUGUCCACGCCCUCAGACACAACACCAACGACAUCGUUAACGCUAUCAUGGAACUGACAAUGUGAGAGGACCCCCACCAAGCAUAAAUGCCACAGUCACAUCUGUAUCGCUGCUAUGUUGCAUUCUCCUUACCUGCUAAUAAACAGUCUGUUAUAACUACA